AAGUGCGGUCGCUACCGGUUAGUGUUUCGAGAUUGCCCUCCAGUUCGAAUAUAGUGAGUGGAUACUCUUAAGGCGGAUGAUUUGGGCGCCUUGAUUUUAGUCGUUGGAAAAUCGUUCUGGUGAUUGGACGUGAAAAUGAGUCUGACAACGUCGGCGGUGAAAUCGAUUGCUUCGACUCCGUUCUCGAUAAACGAUAUUUUGACUCGGUCACGUGGCGGGGAUAGUGAACGCCGAAGUUCAGUGGAAUCAUCCGGUAACGAAGAAGAACUAGGUGUUUUGGCAAAGAUGAAAUACUAUAAAAGUGGAAAUACAAGUGAAACCAGUCCCCGGCAAGUGGAACACGCGGAUUUUUAUGGGAAAUUGAACAUGGCUGCAUACUACCACAACAACAAUAACAGCAGUUUCAACUUGGCCAGCCUGCAUCCAUCGCUGAGGCGAAGCUCGCUGGAUUGUUAUAUGGUUCCGGCGGAACGCGCCGAACGCAGUUUGGCAUCGUCGCGAUGUCAAAUCGAUUCCGGAGGUGAUUGCGAUGGGGAACGGUUUGAAAAGCGGUUUACUGGUGGGGUUAGUGGAGGUGAAACCGACUGUUACCGGAUAAAAGCAAGCCGGAACGACAGCCCUUUGGAUAUGCGACGAUCGGCGGAGAACGAUUCAGACUGUGACACACCUUCCCCGUACGGAAACCUAACUCACCACAACGGAUCAAUCCCCGGUGAUGACGCCCCUGCGGCGACACGAAAAAAACGUUCCCGUGCCGCUUUCAGUCACUCGCAGGUCUUCGAACUGGAGCGACGUUUCGCCCAGCAGCGUUACCUCUCCGGCCCGGAACGAUCCGAGUUGGCGAAAAGCCUAAGGCUCACCGAAACACAGGUCAAAAUCUGGUUCCAAAAUCGUCGCUACAAAACCAAACGAAAGCAAAUCCAGCAACACGAGGCAGCCAUACUUAGUGCAACGAAGCGAGUUCCCGUGCAGGUGCUUGUUCGCGAGGACGGGACCUACGGUCCGGCGGCUGUUCUGGCUGGACAACCGCACUAUGCCUCGGGGCUAGAUCCUGCCCUGUUGAACGUUUAUCGACAUCAGAUACAAAUGGCCUACGGUAUGCCAGUGCCCCCGAUGCCGUUUUCCUACUUCUACCCUACCAAGCUUCCGGGCACAAUCCCUGUAAUGGCUGCCGCGGCCGCUGUUGCCUCAAAGCAGCCACUCAAUUUUUCAACCCGUUCCUCGCCAUCCGACUUGGUCCACGACAGUCAUGAGCGACACCCAUCGCCCACGGCACCGAGAGAAGCGGCGAAAAACGAUGAAGACGGAUGCUACGAUCGGGAAAUGAAACCCGAAGGUCACCACAGGCGGGAAAGAUGCAGCAGUCGAGACUGCGAGAUGCUGUCGGCAGAAGAAGCUGACGAAAGUGAAAAUGUAGAAAUAGAUUGAUUUGUAACUCGUUUUCGUCAUCCGAGUGAUCGAGAAUAAAAAAAUGUUCAAAGAUGAUUUUAACACAUUUCGUGUGUAUGUGCUUAGUGAGAAGAAGAUUUGUACAUAGAUUAUGUUAUAUUGAGAAUAAAUUAUGUAUAUCAAGUACCAAAAGAAUCUAAAGUAAGAGUGUGUACGGAAAAAUGCAAUAAAUUUAUUAGUUAAC